UAUUAACAUUACUAAUUACUAACAAUUAAAGUAAGGUUCAUUUACAUCUAAAAUACAAUAGAGAUAUAGUUCGGGGACAAAACAAACACAAAAGAGGACGCAAAUGAGACAUUUCAUCUCCAAGAUCUUCAAACUCCAUGGGAUUCUAAACAUCACAACACACAUAAUCGAGCAUUAAGUUUCAUAUGCAAGAGUGAAUACAUGUAAUCAAAAGAGUUACUAACGGACUCGAAAAUGUGAAUGUAGAUCUAAAAUUUGAAGGAAAUUACUAAUUCCUUCAACCUUACUCUACCGUCUUUCACUCUAUGAAGACUUGAUUGUCAAACAAAAUGGAAAGAAAUUAUAUUAGUAAUAACAGUCUCCCUGGGAACUGAGUUCAUAUUUCUGGUCUUAUUGUAACGUCCUUUAAGCAACUUAAUUUGAAAAGUAACUUUUCUUUUUCAAAAAUACAACUAAGAAUUUAGUUUCUGAAUUGUUGUAUGCACAAUUUUGGUGUCACACUCUACCCCAUCCAAACAUUAUAAUAACACGUUUAACCCCUAUUGAUAUUUGACAACAACCCAAUUGCAUUUACAAGAAUCGUUGUUCCUAUUCUGAAAAGAUCAAUUAUUAGUAUUUAUUUCCCCAUUAUUUUUCAGGGAAGAGGCUAUCAACUCAAGGUCUCAAUACCCAGAUUGAAAGUGUUUUUUUGUAACGAGGAAAAUACGAUUAAUAUUUACUUAAAUACUUUUUUGGAUGUAAAAUAAACAGUUAUUUUUAUUAUUAUUUUUUGUGUAUUCUGCUCUCUGCACUGUUUCCCGUACCCAAGCCGUGGCAUCCUAUCCUACACACUCCGCGCACGAUAUAAUCCUGCGCACCGCCACUUCCGCCUCCGCUUCCACCACCACCAUUCCGCCGGUGCGUGGAGGCUUCCACCGCCACCACUACUCCGCAAUGGCGCGAAAAUCCUCCUUCGUCAAGCAAGCCAUAGCCUGCUCCGCCUGCCUCGUCCUCGUCCUCUACGCCGCCUACUUCACCACUUUCCUACGCCCCGCCAGCUCUCCUCCUCCUCUCGACAUCCGCGACGGCGUCGUCGUCGGGUCCACCAUAACGCUCAGCGCGAACAGAAUCAAGGUUUACAUGUACAAUCUCCCCAGGCAAUUCACCGCCGGCAUCAUCGAGGAAUUCGCCAGGGCUCGCGGCUCCACUGAUGUGUCCAAAUCGUGGUACCCUGGCCACCAGCACAUGGGGGAAUGGCACCUGUUGGCGGAUCUGAAUCGCACUGACGAGGAUCGGGUCGGGUCGCCCGUGGUCCGGGUCGCCGACCCGGACGAGGCCGAGCUGUUCUACGUCCCGUUUUUAUCUUCCCUGAGCUUGCUCGUGAACGUAAAUCGCCGCCUCGCCGUGGCGGAUGAUCAGGUGUACAGCGACGAGAAGAUGCAGGAGGAGCUGGUGCAGUGGCUGGAGCAGCAGGAGUACUGGCGGCGGAACAACGGGAGGGAUCACGUAAUCGCCGCCGGAGAUCCCAACGCGCUCAACCGAGUGAUGGAGCGGGUCAAGAACUCGGUGCUCUUGCUGUCCGAUUUCGGCCGCGUGAGGCCCGAUCAAGGAUCGCUUAUCAAGGACGUGAUUGUACCGUAUGCUCACCGGAUCAACCCUUAUAAAGGCGAAAUCGGAGUGAAGAAGAGGAACACUCUGCUCUUGUUCAUGGGCAAUCGAUACCGGAAAGAUGGAGGCAGAAUCAGGGACUUGCUAUUCCGAUUGCUGGAAGGUGACAAGGAUGUGAUCAUAAAAGAAGGGACGCAGUCGAGGGAGGAUCGCCGCGCGGCCAACCGCGCAAUGCACACUUCAAAGUUCUGUUUGAAUCCGGCAGGGGAUACUCCGUCGGCUUGCAGACUGUUCGAUGCAAUCGUUAGCUUGUGUGUCCCGGUGAUCGUAAGUGACAGCAUCGAGUUACCUUUCGAAGAUGUGAUCGACUAUAGAAAGAUUGCAAUCUUGGUGCGCACCAAAGAUUCUCUUCAACCUGGCUACUUGACUAAUUUGCUCAGAGGAGUGAGCACAGAGAGAAUUCUGGAGUUCCAGAAAGAGCUGAAACAGGUGAGCCACUAUUUCGAGUACAAGGAACCAAACGGAGCAGUGAAUGAGAUAUGGCGUCAAGUGUCGCAGAAGCUACCACUAAUAAAGCUGAUGAUAAAUCGUGAUAAAAGGCUCAUCAAAAGGGACUUGACUGAGCCAGACUGUUCUUGCCUAUGUACAAGCCUGACUGACGCCGUAUGAUGAUGAGUAGGAUUUUUCUGUGUGCUAUACGACGGUCUACGGGAGACUCUUCUAGGCACAUCCUGAAUCGGAAUCCUGGAGGAAAUCAAAAGAUGAAUGGCAAGCAUAGUUGUAUACUUGGAUAUUUAUUUUUCCCCACUAUUUACCAUGUAUACUCACAGAGAAGAUGUGAUUCAUUGAUUUUGUACAUCUAGGCAAAUAAUAAGUUGAUCAUGAUGUU